GGUGUCUCUCUCCUCACCCGUCAAUCAUUUCAUCCACAAUGAACCUUCCGGCCCCGUCAAUGGGGUCCCGCCGAUUUCUCUCCUCCCUCUUCCUCCUCCUCAAUCUCGCAUCCACUUCCCUGUCGCAACCGCUCAUUCGUCUCUACUCGAAGCCGCCGUUCUCCGGCGACCGGAAGAUCCUCAGGGACGACGGCCUCUACUGCGAAAGCUGGCGGUUUGCCGUGGAGACGAACGACGCCGGGAGCUGGACGCAGGUCCCGUCUCGGUGCGAGCAGUUCGUCGCGACCUACGUGAGCGGCGACCGCUACACGUCGGACUCCGCGAUCACAGCGAACUACUCGUCGGAGUUCGCGAAGACCGUGCAGAUCGCCGGGAACGGGAGCGACGCCUGGGUGUUCGACAUCGACGAGACCCUGCUCUCGAAUCUGCCGUACUACGAGGCCCAUGGCUUCGGAUCAGAGACCUUUGAUGAGAACUCUUUCGAUGAUUGGGUGGAUUUGGCCAAGGCCCCUGCUUUACCUGCGAGCUUAAGUUUGUACAAGGAGCUUCAACAGCUGGGUUUCACAAUCUUUCUGCUGACUGGGCGGAGUGAGUAUCAAAGAAACGUUACGGAAAAGAAUCUUCGAGAUGCUGGGUACAGUGACUGGGAAAGGCUUAUCUUGAGGAAUGCCAGUGAUCAAGGCAAAACUGCAAUUGUCUAUAAGUCAGAGAAGAGGUCUGAAUUGGAAAGCCAGGGUUAUACAAUUCAUGGGUGCUCCGGAGACCAGUGGAGUGAUUUACUAGGCUUUGCUAUUGCGAAACGGUCUUUCAAGCUCCCGAACCCUAUGUACUACAUUUCUUGAUGACGAUGUCAAAACCAUGGAGUACGAGAACAUUGAUGUGACACAUCGAUUCCUAUUUGAUAAACAUGAUUCUUUUCCACACAAGUCAUUCGUCGUUGCCAUUGUCAGGCACUGACUUCAUGUUUUUUUCUUUUGUCAAUAAGAUGAAUAAUGGAUUUGCGCUUCAUUGUGUCGUUUUUUGUGCACGUGCGCUCUGUGUAAGACCUGUUUCUGCACACCAUUGGUGUUUUUAGGGUGAAGUACCUGCAAACUGCAAAUAUGAUGGUGCAGGACACCAACCAUCUCAUAGUAGGUUUUUGUCCUAUAUUUCUUAGCAUUGAUGAAGAGUAUGCAUGUAAAUAACGUCUGUGUUUUCAACUAUUUUCCAUUGCCUGUAUUCAUGGACUUGGUGUGAACUUCCAAAUUAAUAAAAUGUAUCUAUGGUGCAUUUCUUUCUGCAGAA